AUGCUUAAAGGAUGCAUUUUAAUAAUUGCAAUUUUUUUUUUGCCCAUAAUAUCUAUAAUAGUUUAUCAGAUUAUAUUUAAUUUAGAUAUCGAUAAACGUGUUUAUAAUCAUAUAUCUGGAGAAUGUUCUUAUUCAAGAAUUUUUAAUAGUGGUAUAAAUAAUAUUAUUCAAGUAGGUGAUUAUGUUUAUUUUUAUACAAAUGGAGAAAAUAACUUUAGUACUAUAAACGCAUACAAUGAUUAUAAUAAUCAAUAUUUUACUUUUUCUAUAAUUUAUGCUGACAAAAAAAAAGAAAAUCAAAAUUAUUUUGGGCAUCUGUCUGUUUAUAAAGAAAAUCUUUAUGUUAUUAAUCAUUUAAAUGAAUUCACAGAUACUGUUGAAUUAUUUAGCAUUCGUUUUCAAGAUAAAAUUUUAAAACAUCUCAAAACAUUCAAACAUUUUAAAUUUUAUAAUUUACAAGGUAUAUCUGCUGUUGGUAAAGAUAGUUUUUAUCUAACUCAACAAUAUUAUUUUAAAAAUAUUUAUCUUAAAUUUUUGGAAUUACUUUUUCGUCUCCCAACUGGUUCAGUAUUAUAUUAUAAUGGUUUAGAAGUUCUACCAGUUGCUAAUGGAGUCGUAUCACCUAAAGGAUUACUAGUAAAUGAAAAAAAAACAAUAAUGUUUGUACCUUCAUAUGGAAAUAAAAAAAUAUUAAAAUAUCGUGUAUAUAAGACAAAUGAUAAUGUUAUUUUUUUAAAUGAUAUACCACUUGGAGUUUCACCUGUUAAUAUAAUGAAAUUUAACAAUAAUGAAUAUAUUAUACCUACACAUCCACUUAGAAUUUAUUAUUUAAUAACACAUUUUUUUGUGCCUAGUUAUUUAACACCAAGUCAAGUAUUAAAAAUAAAAUGGAAUAAAAGCAAAAAAAAAUUUUCUAUUGAACAAUUAUAUUCAAAUGAUGGAGCAUCAAUGUCUCAUAUUGAAAAUGCUGUACUAUUUAAAGAUACACUAUUAGUUAGCAAUACAAAAUCUUCAAUUCAAUGUUCAAAACACAUGUAA